AUGGACGACUCCGAGCUCCUGUUCCUGGUAUGGCGCACGCUAUCAUCGGGGCCAUUAGCUACAGCAGCACGUGCUUUGGAGGAGGAGGCAACACGUCUUGGGUUGUUGCCCACCCGGGUCGACAUUGCAGGGCACGUUCACCAGGUGUCCUUCGCGCAACAUGGCAGGGUGCAUUCCCAUGUGCCGCCGGAUGCACUUCAGCGACUGCUCCAAAAGCUGCUGGAACAAAGCAAGGUCGCCUACGCCAAUGCAGACGGCGGCCUCCAGGUAGUCAGCUUGACUGCUCCAGGGAAGCACGGGAUGCUGGGAUGCCAGGAAGCCCCUUUGCCUCGAUGGUGGCGGCGGCCGCACACGCAGAUGCGGCACCUGACCACGGUGCGCGGCCAUCGACUGGCAGUGUACUGCUGCACGUACGACAACACAGGGCGCCGAGUGAUUACGGGCAGCGACGACUACUUGGUCAAGAUAUGGUCCGCGGAGACGGGUAUCCUGCUCAAGACCUGUCGGGGUCAUGACGCCGAGAUCACCGACUUCGCUGUCAGCCGGGACAACUCCAUGUUGGCCUCGGGCGAUGUGGCGCACAGCAUCCGGGUGUGGAGCCUGCGGGAAGGCACGCUGGGUUGGCCCGUGUCCGUACUCACAGGCCACACCAACGUGGUGUCGUACUUGGAUUUUCAUCCGCACCUCACGGACGCCCUCCUCUCCUGUUCCACUGACGGCACCUGUCGUAUUUGGAACGCGGCAGAACCAGGGGUCACCGCUGUGGUUAUGCGGCCCGGCGCCUUAUUUGGGAUGGCAGGGAGGGCGGCGGCGGCGGCGGCAGCGGAGGAGGAGGAGGAGGAAAUGCUUGGGGAGGACGGAAAAAAAGGAGGGGUGGAGGAAGGCACAGACUGUGCUGCCGCCAGGGAACCGGCCGCCGCCUCCGCCGUUGACGUGGGGCCCGCUGGCGGCGGCGGUUUCGGCGGCGGCGGCGGCGGCAUGGUGAGUCCGGCGUCUCAGCCGGGGAACUCCCGUGCUGGCAGCGCUGACCCGGGCAGCGCCGCUGGCGGCGGUGGCGCUGCUGCCAUCGCCGUGAGAGCUGGCACGACCCAUGGGUCGGCGGGCGGCUUGUUCGGAUCGCCAGCGCCGACGCAGCAGCACGAGGAGGCGACGGCGGGGGCGGCAGCGGCAGCUACGGGAGCGGCUGCGGGAGCGGCGGCUAUGGACCCCAACCGGCCGCCCGUCGGCUUCCUGUGCUGCUCCUGGUCCCCCGACGGCACCUUCAUCUUCGCCGGCGGUACGGACUGUACGGUAUGCGUCUGGCACUGGGACCUCGCGGCGGCGGUGUCGGCAGGGCCUGCGCCGCCGGUGCCGCCGCCUGCGGCGGCGGCGCAGCAGGUAGCCGACGGCGGGAAGUCGCAUUCAAGCGCGUCGCCACCGCCGCCGCCAAUAGCGGUGGCGGCAGCGGCAGCGCCGUCGUCAUUUCUAGCGGCGGUCGGACCCGCUGCCUCGACGACCGACAGCCUCUCGGAGCUGUUUGCGGGUCGUGAAUGGCCGCGACCGACGGAACUAGCCAGGCUUAGCGGCCACCGCAACGACAUUGUGUUCAUUGAAUUCAGUCACGAGGGCUCAGCGGUGGCGACCGCCUCCAGGGAUGGCUGCGUCAAGAUUUGGCGCCGAGAUCGCGACCGGCGGCGGCUGCGGCGGCGCGGUGGCGGCGGCCUAACGACCAGCUGGCGCGAGGCGAUGAGUCUGGCCUGCCCGCCCACCGAGGAGGAGAUACGUAAGGCCCGACUGAAACGAAAGCCCCCACCCCACCCCGCCAUAAACCAGGUGGCCUGGAACCUGGACGACUCGCGGAUGGUGGCGGCCGUGACGGACAACAGUGCGCACGUGCUGGAGGCACAUCCUCAGGACCCGCGGCUAGUCAUGUCGGGCGGGUACGACGGUCGUACCAUUCUAUGGGACGUCAUUGCGGGAACCGCCCUUCGCAUGUUCAGCACGCAGGACACCUUCCCCGGACGGGGCCGCUGGACCGACCCCCUGCAGCUUGUGGAUGGACACUUCGCACCGGGCGGCGCACAGCUUGCCGUCACAGACACGGCUGGACAGCUGCAUCUCUACGGCGUGCCCGUGUCGGCGGCUGCGGAGGCCAUGGCACGGGCGCCGUACGACCAGUUCCUGGGUUCGGAGUACAACGGGCUGGUGCGGGAUGUGAACGGGUGGGUUAUCGACGAGCUCACACAGCUGGCCCCCCACUUGAUGAUGAGCCAAACCCUCUGCGACUUCUCCAACCACCCCUACCCCAUAGAGGUGCAGGCGGCGUAUGCGGCAAGGCGCCUGGGGGACCUGCCGCGACCGCACCCCGUGGAUCGCGACCACCCGCUGCCGCCAGCUCUGCUGUCCCACCCGCCCACACUGGUAUCUGCAUCCUGGCUCGCGGUGGAGAACGGUGCCAGCGCCGCUGCCGUACAGCAGGCUAUGAACCGGGCGUACGAACGGCACAUGCAGGCGCUGGCAGCGCUGUCCAGUCCUGACCAGCCGCAACCUGGGAGAGGCAGUAGGAGGGCCCAGGCUGGCAGUAGCCGGCCCGGCAGUGAACCGCCACAGCGGCGACCGCUGUCAGCGGCGGUGGUGGGGGCAGCGGCGGCGGCGGCCGCUCCUGCAGCCGUCGCUGUCCCGCGUGGCGUGUACCUCGUCAUCGAUGACCCGACGGGUGCGCCGCCGCCGUCGCUGCUGCUGCAGCUGACGGGGUAUGACAGCGACGACAGCGCCCGCCGCCGCCGCCGCGACGAGGCUAGUAGCAGCAGUAGCAGCUCUGACGAUAACGAUGAUGAUGACGUGGUCAGCAUCAGCGACCCUGGCGGCAGCGGCAGUAGCGACGGAAGCGACGACGAUGAUCCUGUCGUACUUGUCGACAGCGACGAUGGCAGGCCAGUCCGCGGCCGCCGUGGCGGCCGUGGCGGGCGGGAGGGUAGCGGCGGCCCUGCGGAGCAGGGCCGCAGCGGCGGCGCCGGCGGCAGUCAGGGCGGCGGCAGUCAGGGUCUGACGCUGCGCCGCAGCAGCCGUCGGGAGCGGGCGGAGGCGCGAGAGCAGGAGCAGCAGGAGAGGAUCCGCCGCUCAGCACGGCUCAGCGGCCAUAAACGACGGUACGGCGAUGGCGACGAUGCGUUGGAGUCGUACGGCACAGAUGACGAGCUGUUGGACGAGCAGCUCGAGGACGAGGAGUACGGCGGUGGCACGGGUGCGGAAGAGGAGGAGGAGGAUGUGGACGAUGACAGCGGCGAUCGGGAACGGGAGCGGGAGCGAGAGCGGCGAGCGGCUCUGCGCGCGCGGCGGGAGCUACGCAACCAGCAGCGCCGGGAGCAGCGGCGGGAAGAGCGCCGACAGCGGGAGCAGCUGGCUGCUGCAGCCGCUGCAGCCGCCGCUGCUGACGGCGGCGACGACCAGAUCAUGAUCGGUCCCCCAGGCUCCGCCGCUGCCGCUGCUACUGCUACUGCUGGGUGGCGUUCGGGGCCGGGGCCCCGGCAGCUACAUCAGCGGCAGGAAGGGGGGGAGUUGGAGGGUGAUGGUGAUGAGCUGGAGCAGCAGCGGGCGGGUGUUCAUCAGCUGUUAGCGCGCAAGAGGUCUCAUGAGGCGGGGGGUUCACGGCCCAGACCUCUGGAAGCGUACAGCUGGCUGCAGCGCACCUCCUAUCAGCCGGACUACUACUGCCCGCAGCUGGGGGAUGAGGUGGUGUACGUGAAGGCAGGACACCAGGCCUAUUUGGAGGCUGUGGAUGACAGGAGGGCCCCACGACCCUGGCGGCUCCUGCCCGGUAUGCGGCCUGCGGAGCCGUGCAUCAUCACCGAGCUGGGGUUUGAAAUACUCAGAGACGGCCCGCCGUACCGUACUGCAGCAAACCUAAAGCUGAUGGUACAGCCCGGCAGUGGCAGCCCCGUGGCGGGUGAGCCCGUGGAGUUCCUGGUCCCGCUGCCGCGGUUCGGUCGGUCGGUAGGGAGGAGGUGGCGCAUCGGGGAGAGGUGCAAGACGUACCAGUCCGCGGACGGCGGUGCGGGUAGCUGGUUUGCCGCGACUGUGGUCAGCGACCGAGCCUACCCGGGGCUUACGCUGGCGUCGGGGGAGCCGCCGCCGCUGACUCAGCCGUACGAAUGCGAGGACCUGUGGGAGCGCUACGGCGUCGUGUGGGACGACGAAGCUGAGACCACGUACCUGAGCCCCUGGGCGAUGCUGCCGCUGACGUCAUCAUGGGACGAUGUCGUACGGUACGCGCGCGCUACCGCCGCCGCCAAGGCGGACGAGAUUGUGGCCGCCGCGGCCACGGCAGCGAGCGCCGGCGCCGGCGACGGCGGCAGCGGCGACGGGCCCUCCACGUCAAAUUUUAAUGGCAUUGGCGUCGGCCGCGUUGGCGGCGUCGGUGGCACUGUUGACGUGGUUUCGGAGCUUCAUCUGGAUAUUGGCGGCGGCUGGGCGGAGGAACAAGCCUCCGCGGCCCGCUUAGCCCUGGAACGACUGUUCUCUGAGGACAGGCUGUACGGCCUGUUCGUACAAUGUCCGGCGCCAACGGCAACGUACCCGUGCGGCGACGGUGACGCUCGUCCCGUGCCGUACAACGCCAUCGUACCGCUACCGAUGUCCCUAGAGAUCAUUGAACAGCGGCUUGACAACUGCUUCUACCGCUCGCUGGCGGCAAUGCGCCACGACAUGGACACCAUCGUCAGCAAUGCGGAGCGGUUCAACGGCGCCGACUCCCCCGUGGCGCAGCGCGCCAGGUACAUGCGCCUGCACUUCACCGCCGCACUCAUAGGCCGCUGUGUCGACGAUGUGCUCAUCCUGGGGCUCGAUGUGGCCGUACGGCGGCGGCGGCGCUACAUGGCGGCGCAACGGCGCCGCCGGGUGGACCUGUCGCGGCUGUGGGAACACGUGGCCCUCGAUUUGGAGGCGGCGGAGGUGGCGGCGACGGUCGGACUUGACAGGGUAAGACGUGGAUGGAGUGCCGCCGACGCAAUUCGCGGCGGCGCUGAUGCGGCGGGCGGCGUCACGGGUCCUCGCCGCCGUGGGGGCAUGUGGGUCCCGCCAGCGGCUUCGGCGGCGGCGGCGGCCGCCGCCGCCUCCGGGCCGGAGCCUGCAGCGGGUUUAUCCCCUCUUGACGGCGGCGGCAAGGACAGCGGAUCACUCGUGGAGGACUGGCCUUUGGAUACUGGCGAUGGUGGCAGCAGUGGCGGCGAUGGAGGGGUUGGCUUGGCGCGCACUGCGCGGGGUAGGUAUGCCGCCGCGCUGAAUGCCGCUCCUGCGGCGACGGCGCCUCAGCGGCAGCUGCGGCAGCAGCAGCAGCAGCAGCAGCAGCAGCAGCAGCAGCAGCAGCAGCAGCGGCGGAGGCAACGCGGUAGCCAGCAGUACUCGGGUUGUGAGUGGGAGGAAGAGGAGGAAGAGGAGGACCGGGGCGGGCGAGUCAUAUCGCCUUCGGGUCGGACCCGGCGGCGGCAGCAGCACCAGCGGCAGAGACCGCAGCAGCAGCAGCAGCAGCAGGCGCCGAGUCGGCCGCGACGUGAAACGGCGGCCAGAGCGCCUGGCCGGUUCGCGGCGUUGUACGGCUCUGACUGGAGCGAUGACGAGGACGCGGCAGCGGCGGCUGCGGAGGAGGAGGAUUCGGAUUCCGAUCUGGGCUUGGGGAAAGGGGCGGACGGCAGCGACAGUGACAGUGAUGGGGGUGGCGGCCGGGGCCGGCGGCGGCGGCAGCCGCAGCGCGGACAGAGCCGCCAGCAGCGGCAGCCGCAGCCUCAACCGUUGCGUCGCUCGUCCAGGGCCCGGCAGCGUGCAAG